AGUUCUGCUCCUGUCGGCUCGGCUGAAGAGGACGAAAGUGACCAGUGAUAAGCAAAUAUGCGUGGAAUCCAAGUAACAAUUUUCGUCGCUGUGUGCGCGGCCGCUAGCGCGGGCUACAUCGGCGGCUACGGGGGCUACGGCGCGGCCGGCUACGGCUACGAAGGCGACGCACAUGGCGACUAUUAUGCGCAUCCGAAAUAUGCGUUUGACUACUCCGUGAACGACCCUCACACCGGUGACCACAAAACCCAAUGGGAAACCCGCGACGGUGACGUUGUCAAAGGGGCAUACUCUCUGGCGGAGCCCGACGGUACCACUCGCAUUGUAGAGUACACAGCUGACAAGCACAACGGCUUCAACGCGGUGGUCAAGCGCAUCGGACACGCACACCACCCGCAGGUCUACGGCAACCACUACGAUGGAGGCUACUACGGUAUCUCGCAAUUUGGCACAGAACAAGCCCUAGAGCUUAGAGUGAAGUACCGUGUUAUCACAAAGAUUAGGACAAUGUUUGUCAAGGCAGUUCUGGCUUGCACAUUGGUGGCCCUGGCCCAGGGUGGGCUGAUCGCAGCGCCCCACGGGGCCCUGUCGAGCCAAAGCAUCGUCCUGGGAGCUCCCGGGUACGCGGCCCGUGGGUACGGUGGCUACGGCGCUUUGGGGCUUGGCCACGGCGCCGUGGUCGCCCACGCCGCGCCCGUCUACCACGCGCCCAUCGCGCACGCAGCCGCCCCUGUUGAGGUUUAUGCCCACCCCCGCUACCAGUUCAACUACGGCGUCACUGACGGCCACACCGGCGACCAGAAGAGCCAGUGGGAAGCGCGCGAUGGAGACGUGGUGAAGGGCCAGUACUCGCUGGUGGAGCCUGACGGCACCGUGCGCACUGUCAACUACUCCGCUGACGACCACAACGGAUUCAACGCCGUCGUGAGCAGGCAAGGACACGCUGCGCAUCCCGCCGUAGCUCCCGCGCACGUGGUGGCCGCCCCAGCCUACGGCCACGGACACCUCCUCGGCUAAACCCCCACCACCCCCAACCGACGACUAUUUAUUACAUAACGUAUUAAAUACAUAGGCUAAGCUCGGACGGAAUGCGACAACGAAAGGAACGCUACGUGGUCAGCCACGCUCGCUAAGGCUCGGCGUUUCAUAAGGUGUAUCCAGGGACCAAGGCCCAAAGUGUACUUCAAUUCAGCUAUCGACAUCUAUUUCGUACUAUAAAGACUUUUGUAUUAUAUUUUCUUGUAGUGUGUAAGUGUCACUCCGAUUUUCCGUACUUGAAAAUACAUUUUAUGAAACGUUAGACUCACGCCUACGGGGUGCUAUGCAAAUACUUCGGUUUUUGUGACUGAUACUAUAAAUUAAUAUUAUAACAUUUCAUACAUA